UAGUCAGAGAGAGAGAGCUCAGGGAGAGGGAGGGAGGGAGGCAGAGAAAGAGAGAGACACACACACACAUAGAGAGUCAGAGAGAGAGAGAGACAGAGACAGAGUGAGAGAGAGCUCAGGGAGAGAGGCAGAGAGGGGGCUGAGCUGGGCUGAGCAGGGCAGGGAUGGAGGAGGUGGGCAGCGUUGAGGACUUGUGUGGGAGUGUGGAGUUGAGGCGGUGCGGGGGAUUGAACCUGUACCAGCGAGUGUACAGCCGCAUCAUGCAGCGUUUCCCCGCAGAUAUCCACUCCUUCUGCCACCCACAGGUGCCCCCGGCCCGCAGGCAGCAGCUGCUUCACCUGCUCAGGAGCAUCGACCACCUCACCUGCCAAAAACUACAGAUACUAUUCUCAUUCUCUGUCCCAAGUCCAGAGGCAUUGACAUUCCUGGCAGAUCUAAAGCAGCCCGUGAUCUCAGCUGGUGCUGGCACUGGGUAUUGGGAAUAUCUGCUUCAGUGUCACGGUGUCGACGUCAUAGCUUUCGAUGCAAAUGAAGUUUAUCCUCCAGAAAUACGAUACUCCGAGGUUUUGACCAGUGGGCCUGAGAUCCUCGAGCAGUAUCCUGACCGAAUACUUCUUCUAGCUUGGCCGGACACAGACGAGUCGUCAACGUUUUCCGUGGACUGCCUGAGGCGUUUCCGUGGCGACACGCUGGUCCACGUUGGCGAGCUGCUGGGUGAAACGCAGUCUGCCAACCCCUGGGGGCAGUCAUCGUCUCGAGAGUUCCAGCUGAGCCUAGCGGAGGAUUUCUGCUGCGUCAGCAGGAUUAAACUCCCCAACUGGCCGGGUCACCUCGACUCACUGACCUUGUGGAGAAGGAAGAAUGUCCAACCUGUCGUGUGUGACAAAGCUCACUUUCAUUACGUCAACGCUCAGGGUAGAGUGUAUUUAUAACGCGGGCCAAGGAACUGCAGAUGCUGGUUUACAACGAAGGUAGACGCAAGUGCCUGAGUAACUCAGCGGGACAGGCGGCAUCUCUGUAGAGAAGGAAUGGGCGACGUUUCGGGUCUCGACCCUUCUUCAGACUUUCUUCCCUGGGUCUCGACCCGAAAUGUCACCCAUUCCUUCUCCCCAGAGAUGCUGCCUGUCCCGCUGAGUCACUCCAGCAUUUUGUAUCUAUUUGCAAUCCUCAUUCUGAAUAAGGGAUGGCACGGUGGCGCAGCGGGUAGAGUUGCUGCCUCACGGCGCCAGAGACCCGGGUUCCAUCCCAACUAUGGGCGCUGUCUGUACGGAGUUUGCACGUUCUCCCCGUGACCUGCGUGGGUUUCCUCCGGGUGCUCCGGUUUCUCCCCACACUCCAAAGACGUACAGGUUUGUAGGCUAGUUGGCUUCGGUAAAAAUUGUCCGUAGUGUGUGUAGGAUGGUGCUGGUGUACGGGGUGAUCGCUGGUCAGUGCGGACUCGGUGGGCCGAAGGGCCUGUAUCUCUGAACUGUCUUGACCUGAAACGUUGUUCUGUCCAGUCUGCAGAAGGGUCCAGACAUGAACCAUGGUCUAUCAUGCCUGAAGUAGAGUCCCAACCCAAACAAUGGUCCAUCGCAUCUGAAGAAGGGUCACUGCCCAGAAAUGCCCUCUGUCCAUCCCACCACAGAUGCUGCCUGACCCGCUGACUUCCUCCAGCACUUUGUGUUUUGCUCCAGAUUCCAGCAUCUGCAGUCUCUUCUGUUUCUGUGAAUAAAAGUGCACUGCUAAACGCUGCCUUUCUAAUUUAUUUUUACAUUUUUAGUCUCCCAUGUAUGUUAUGUCGUCGGAAAGCAACACAUAUUGUCUCUACAGACUAUCGUUCCAGGUGCGACAGAGGUUUACCUGCAUCUCUUCCAACCUCAUCUAUUGCGUCCGCUGCUCUAGAUGUCAGCAGAUCUAUAUCGGUGAGACCAAGCGGAGGUUGGGCGAUCGUUUCGCCGAACACCCCCGCUCGGUCCGCAAUAACCAAGCUGACCUCCCGGUGGCUCAGCACUUCAACUCCCCCUCCCACUCCGUCUCCGACCUCUCUGUCCUGGGUCUCCUCCAUGGCCACAGCGAGCAGCACCGGAAAUUGGAGGAACAGCACCUCAUAUUCCGUUUGGGGAGUCUGCAUCCCGGGGGCAUGAACAUCGAAUUCUCCCAAUUUUGUUAGUCCUUGCUGUCUCCUCCCCUUCCUCAGCCCCCCUGCUGUCUCCUCCCAUCCCCCAGCCUUCGGGCUCCUCCUCCUUUUUCCUUUCUUGUCCCCGCCCCCGAUCAGUCUGAAGAAGGGUUUCGGCCCGAAACGUUGCCUAUUUCCUUCGCUCCGUAGAUGCUGCUGAACCCGCUGAGUUUCUCCAGCUUUUUUGUGUAACCUUGUCGCUACAGACUGUCAGGCGUGAGAAUAUUAAAGUGUUUGUUAUACUGGGAACACUGUGGU